ACUGUCUAUGGCGCAUUGUCACGUAUCUCAAUAUAUAGGCCGACCCAAAUUUUUUGAAUUGAGCAAUCUAUUGAUUCUGAAGAUAAAGAAGGCCAUCAGUCUACACUGAUAUAAUUUUUUUGGAAUUUGGAAUCAAAAUAUUUAGUCUUGUUGCUAACCAAUAUGCUUUCUGUUUCAAUCGAUUAUAUUAUUUCCAUUUGUAGGUAAAAAUAGGAAAUCAAAACUAAAGAGGACGGACGAAUCUUGUUUGUUCGCUCGUGAGCUUUGUUCACUAAGCAUACGGAAUUUCAACAAUCACUAGUAUCACAUUUAUAGAGUUUGGAAUGGAAAUAAUCAGUGGUGUUGCUAAUCAAAUCCAAAGCGCAGAAUAAAGCUACUCAGGCAGUGAAGGGCCUUUGCUUUAAAAAAAUGCAGUUUCGCUUCUAAAUUAAAGUUAAUGUAAGAAAAAAUAACAAAGAGGACGAAUCUUGUUCAUUUUCCCGUAGCUUUCGGUCACUAAUUAAUAAGCAAUCAACGGAAAUAUAGCUUGGGAAAAAACGUUGGGAAUCUACCCAACAUCAGGUUAUAAGAAAACCGAUACGCUACAAUAGAGAAAUAAUCAAUAACAAGAAUAAAGUGACAAUAGGUAAGUAGCCAUAGGUAUUUAGCUACCGCGUUUUUAGGCUGCCGCCUUCUCUAUAGACCUCGGAUAUCCAAUUUACGCUUGACUAACUAGAACACCGAAACCACCACUUAGGUGACACAGACCGGCGUGAGCUCCAGUGGCACGACUAUCUACAGCACAUCCUCCACCUAUAAUGCGGAACUACUUCCCCCAUAACUACUUGCUGUGGAACACUUGUCACAAACACCGUGCGUCUUCAAAGUUGGAACUUCGAGCACUGGCUAGUGGCUACCCCAUUUACCAGGUAACCAACCUCAACACCGGAUCGGCCACUUACGUUCAACAAGUUGGUGUCAGUUUAACUGGACAGCCGACAGCCGGUCUACAGCACCACCGAGCACGCCACAAGCGUAUACCCCUUUCAAAACCAGCUACACCUGCUCAGCUAUCGUGAUCCUUCUGUUGUGUUCAUUUCUCUUGUCGUGACGUCGUUCGUGGUCCCUAAAAGGAGAAGAACAUUUCUUCAACAGCACGAAUUCUAUCACGCCCAGCAAGGAAAACACCAAGCUUCGAAACUGUUCGAUCCAUACAUGACCGCCGAUGCCAUCAAAGUCGUUAGUCGUUAUGGCUGCUCCUAGUGUGUCCGAUCUCUUUUGCAAAGCUGUCAGCGAGGGUUCGGUACUUCAAUUAAAAGGCUUACGUCAGAUUCACGGGCGAAAAGCAAUCAUUGCCAAUUUGAUGGAAACUCCCUGCAACAAACAAGGUGAUACGUGUCUUAAAGUGGCUGUUGAAAACGAAUUUUACGACGUGCUCAAGUUUCUAGUGCUCCAAUUGAAAGGGCGCAUCAUGUGUGGAUUGUACAAUACAUGGAGAAAAUGUAUAGAAAUCUUUAGUCCAUUUUCAUGGGAAACGUGUACUUUCAAAGAAGAUACAGAGCCGUUUGUACUGUCGCCUGACAUUGCGCUCAUUCGCGAUAUUUGCCAUCAAAUGCCAAUUACCAAACUAAUGGAAUAUAUCGUUGAUGUUACGAAUGACGAGCCUCUAUGGUUAGAGUUUGUGUUGCGCUCAAUAAUGGCAAGUUCAAUCCCCCGGCCAGAUAAAAUUGUUGCGCUAGAAUGUAUGGGAAUCGUCUUCAUCUUCAAACAAACAUGUUACAAUAUUCAUCAAAAAAUUCGAGAUCUCAACGUGCUCAAUGAAAUUCGAUUUUGGCGUGGACCACGUUGUUGGAAAGAGGCCUUGAUCCUGAGAAAUGCGACGGCAGAUGGUGAACCAGCUAUACCCAAAGUUCCCUGCGAACAGUCUGAAGUGUUACGCAAUGCUUUUGGGGACGUAGCCGAAAUGACGACAGUGGAAGCACUGGAGCAAUUGGAACAACGGUGUUCCUACCAGCCCCUCGAUGCUCAGGCCCUUCUCGUUGGUCAUUGCAUCUUUACUAGGCAAACCAGCAUUGGCCUGAAUUCUUUUCACCUGAAAAAUUUGGUGCUAUGUUCUAUAUUUGGUUGCAGUCGUACAUUCCACCUUUGUCUAUUCAUCCUGGAUCAGUCAUACGGGUUCACUUCAUCUUCUCCGCUUGAAUGCAUUGAGCAUUUCGUUACCGCAGUUCAUAGAUUGUUCGACUUGUUUUAUCAAUUAUGGACAGAUCAGGGCCAUCCGAAAACGGGAGAAAUAGCAUCGAAAAGUCUCGUGCUAACCGUGAAGUAUACGUUAGCAGUUUUAACUAACGUGUCGUCGGUGCGUCCACACUUCCAACUUCUUAACAGAACCUGGCAGCGAAAUAUUCAAAAGAAAAUUUACGUUCUCUUAUCAAAAUGGCUAUCCAGCUUAACCAAAGAGCAAAUUGAAAAUGUUAAGGAAAGCCUUGUCCCGUUUUUCCGCAUUUAUAACUCAAAUCACGGAUCUCCCGGCCUUCUUGAGCUGGCGGUUCAUGAAUGUCAUAUAGGCUAUGGAGGGAGUCCGACUAUUUCAACUAAAGUUCAACUCAUUCAGCUAAUGUUGGAUGCUGGAGCGGAUCCCCAAACUACCGGCAGUUAUGGCAGAACUCCGUUUCACUGGUUGUUUCAAGGUUCGCACUGGGAAUCUACGCAUUGGGAAUUUAAAACAGUUUUCAAGGCGAUGUUGGAUGCUGGAGGCCAUCUCGAUCAAGCGACUUCUUCGGACAAAACGGUUAUCGGUUUAAUUAAAGAAAAGAAAGACUGGAGAUUGAGAUUUGACAAGUUCCGUCAUGAUCCUUAUUUUGACUCUUUUAUUAACUCUGUUCUUCCGCUUUCGUGCUCUUGUGCGCAAUUUAUCAGACAAAAUCAAAUCCCGUUUGAAAAUCAAUUGCCUCCAAGAUUGAAAUCGUUCGUCCUACUCCACAGUGAGUUCAAAAAAACAUGAAUGAAAAGGAUUCAACGCAAUCUGUCUUAUGACUACAGUACUACCUGGAACUGACACACAUGGACCGACGUUAACAGUACCAAGUUAAAGAAAUGCGCGACAUGCCCUGCUGUUGGAAGCUAGUGAUUUUCAAUACACUUUAAGUUUUAUAUCGAUAGCUAACUAAUAAAACUAUUAAUGAUCUUAA